AGAAGCCUCCCUGCGCAAUCUCUGAGCUGACUAUCACCCUACAGAGCACAACAGGUCAAUCAAUAACAAAUACCGACAUCGACAGAACUGGAAACUCGCGUACGUUCGGCCGCUCUGCAUACGGAUAGAGUGCGUGUAGCCCAGACACGACAGCAGUCUCUGCGCUGCGUAGAAGGGGAAGAACGUCACGGCCGAGCAGAUGCGGCUCGAUGUGGCGCCGGGCGACUGCCGCGCUACCGGCAAGAACGCUUCCUUUUCCGCCAUGGUAAAGUGAAGAGCUUUCGAACAACUAUUCUUUAUUUAUUACCUUGCAAUAAAGACCUGAUUAGGUGCAAAGGUUGUUAUUGGAGGGGACCAUCUGACAGCAAUGACAAGCACAACUUCCAGUCAACAAUGAGAGGCGUGCAGCUACAGCGAGGAAUUGCUGGCGCCUGUGUGAACAGUAGGCGACGCUCGCUAGCUACGGCUGCAGCAGUGCUGGAGGAGGCACCAAUCUGUCGGAAGAAGAGUCUGUUGGUGGACGGCAACAACGCGCUCUAUCAUUUCUACGAUCCGCUGUCCACCGUCGAGCAUGACGGAAUCCAGACUGGCGCGGUGGAUGGUCUUCUGCGACUUCUACGGCGGAUGGACAAGACGCACCAGCCUGAACACAUUUCCGUCGUGUUCGACUCGAGACAGCGCCCCACCACCAGACGAAUCAUCCAGCCAGACUACAAGACGGACCGAGCGCCGACACCACAGUCACUAGUGCCGCAGUUUGCAUACGCUAAAGAAGUUUUCAGCAAGGCCAACGUGAACUGCAUCGAGCGCCCGGGGAUGGAGGCGGACGAUAUCAUUGCCUCAUACUCGACGCAGUAUACGACUGCUGGCUUCGACGUACUGCUCAUUUCCAACGACAAUGACUUCUUGCAGCUCGUUCAUGAUGGCGUCAACGUAGAAACUGACGCAGAAGCCACAGACAGUAGUGUAUCCGACAGCAUCGACCUGGCUCCUGCCGUUGUGGAGAUCUACCAACCAUCCAGACGUCGAUAUAUCCGCGAGCGAAACUUGCGUGGAAGAUUUUUUGGCUUGCACCCCAAGUUGCUGCCCGACUUCCAUGCGCUGUGUGGUCACCACUGGAAGAGGCUUCCUAGAGUGAGUAACUUGACCGACGAGAAAGCGGUGCAGUUGCUCAUUGAGUAUGGAGGUCUUUAUCCUUUGCUACGCCAACUCGAUUCACUGGAUGACCCCGUCCUGUGCAAGACGUUGAAGCAGUGCAUCACUUCAGUCGAAUCCUCCUACCGCAUGGUCAAGCUCAUUGACACAGUCAAAUUGCCAGUGGCCAUCGAUGAACUACGUCGGCCCCAACUGAACUAGACAAUGGAUUAUCCAUAGAAAAGGGGGUAAAAAGCACAUUAGAGCCUCAGAACUGAGCAUGGUUGACCGACCUAUUCAUGCAUCAACUUUCAUAUCCUCUGCCUCGUCAACUACUGUUCGCCU